AUGACUUUUAUGAAGUUGAAGCCACCUGGUGUUGCGACUCACGUAUCCCAAAUCUGUUUUAAGAAGGUCCAAGCGUUGGGAAGCGUUUUACAUAACUUUGUUCGUCUUAGAAGAGCUUCGAAAGAACAGGACACCUUGGAAUGGACUUUGCCAUCACGAAUUCUCACUGUGGCUUCGUACAGGAGAAGACAUCAGCUCGCGGAGGAGGUGCCAGGACUCUACAUUCGGCGCCUCACGCUCGAGGACCCCAGGAGCGCGCGGGAACCGUCGAGUUCAAGGUCGCAGUCUCCGACACGCCAUAUCUGUCAUCCUACCACCGGUUACGUGCCCUCCACCAGGAGAUCCUCGAGUUAUAGAUCCUGGUUGGAGAGGAUCCGGAAGGAGAGGCCGCCGUUCCUGACGAUCGUCUCAUUGGAGCUACCCGAAUCCCCAAUUCCCCUGAUCGAAUCUCAGGCGAGCGCGCGCUCGAGGCCCGAGGAGACGAGCGAAUCCCUCGAAUCCAAGGACGACAUUCUGCACGAGCUCCUGGAGAAGGUCACGGCGACAGGGAACGAGAGAGACGGCCUACGCCACGCUGCAAGGAAGGAAGGAUCCUCGAGGAAGUCCCGUGGCAGACGCAAAAGGGGCGAGGAGCUCGUGGAAUGUACGAAAGGAGUUCCAACCCUCGAAGAAUGCACGAAGAACAUUGUCGAAGGAACCAGUCAUCGACGACUGUCCGAUAUCGAUCCUCAACACGUCACCGAGUGCAUCUGCUCGGAAAUCUCCGAAAAUUUCCGUGUUAACGCGAGAAAGGAUUCGCAGGCACGCGAAUCGCUCGCUUCCAGCCCGGAAAUGAGUCACAUAAUUCGGAUCGCAAUGAACUACCACGACAGAUUCGACUGUGACAUCGACGACGAGGACGUGGAAGAAACGAGAAGAUCAAGACCAGGAACGAACAGGAGGGAUGCCAGGACGAAGAAGAUGUUAGUCAAGGAGGAUGGCUGCUGCAACAGUGUGAACGACACCUUGGAUUUCACUCUGAAUUGCAGCAGUUUGAGACUGACGUCUAGGGGCGGAACAGGGGGUGGGAAGGCAUGACAGACUAGAAACUCGAAUUUAAGAAAUUGUUUCCUAGUGUAAUGAUAUCUUUAACUCUUUACGUUGCAAGUGCGUCAAAUAUGGAGCCUAUGGAUCUUUGAUGACCUAGUACAUUUUUAAAACUUUGAAACCUUGUAUUUUAGGAAGAGCUAGCUUUUCUAGUAUUAGGAUGCAAAUAUAAAUAUAAAAGGGACAGAUGCACUCGAGAUGAAGUCAUACAUGAAGCACACAUUGUAGCUGCGUUUGAAUUUGGCCGCGUUUCAAACAGAUGGCGCUAGUAGUUGACCAAAGUAAAAUGGCUGACGGUUAUGAAUUUGUACAAGUCCAUACCGACGUAGGAUUAGCCUCAUAUCAACUUUUAAAUUUAAGACUCGAAUAAAAUGAAGCAUUUACGACCUGUACGCUAUUUCUAGACUACAAUUUUGUUCGCGCCAGUCACGAAGCAGCAGAAAAGUCUUCGACUUUGCUAGAGCGACGCGAUUAAGUCAGCUGGUAGCAAACGCAAGGACGUCGUCCCACGGAUGCUACCAGUCCCCCGUCGUUUUUAUCAAAGCGUGACCAUCGUCUCGUCUCUAAGCGCGCUAUCGAACUCUCGAAUUACCGUGGGCAGCGACCAAGCAGAAAGGAAUUCGUGGCGAGCAGGAUCGAUCCCUCAUCGCCGGAACAUCCGAAUUAAAGGAAUUCCGUGCUCGCUCGGCCGCGGACGCCAUUAGGCUCGGAUUCUAUUCCGAAGCUGACGGAAAAAAAGACGCGGGGCCCCUAGAAAGCGGCGAAGACGCCUCACGAGACGAGCACUGGAUCAUGAAUCUCCGCCGCGACGAUAAAUCGCGAAUCGUUGCGUUUCGAUUUCCACGAAUCGCCGCGCCGACGUUGCACGCACACGCCGACGCCCGGCGUCCAGUUAGCCUAUUAAUUAGCUCGCCUAAUAAAUCGCGACUGGUCCGUCGGGGGGAGGGAACGUUAGCCAUCGUUCUUCGUAGCGGAGAGAAGGGAGGAUGGCACC